AAACGACUGAUUCAGGAAAGGCGUGUGUUUAGUUAUUUCAUGAUUUAAAGGAAGUUUUUCAAGUGAAGUGUCAUAGUGAAUUGCUGAAAGUAAUGCCAUAUCACUGUGCCUAUCAUUGAGAUAAGAAAAGUGUCUAGCAGUCGUCGGCAAAGCCUCUGUACAGAUAAAUUUGGCUAUUGGAACUCAGUUGUGGCACGACUGGCGAGAACUUGAACGAGAAUCAUGAAAUUCACUGUUAUACUUACUUCCCUGUUAAUUGUGUUAUCUGCUAGUAAUGCCUCAGGAUACAAUAUUUUGGGGGUUUUUCACACCACUGGAAAAUCUCACUAUAUUCUGGCAGUGGCUCUGAUGAAAGGAUUGGCAGAAGCUGGUCAUAAUGUAACCAUGGUGAGUCCAUUUAAGCUGGAUGUUCCGGUGAAAAAUAUGCGAGAAAUCGUCCUAGACUUGCCUCCGGCUCACAAAUUCAGCAAACUUCUUUAUCAUCAGUCGCAGACUAAAAUUUUCGAACAAUUGGAAACUGUGUUGCAAUUUGGAUUAAAUUUCACGGAUGAUGCCUUGAUGGAUCCUAGCUUCCAGGAGCUGCUGAAAAGUGGAGAAAAGUUCGAUGUGGCGAUAGUUGAGUUGUUCCUAUCAGAAGCUCUUCUUGGUAUUGGAAAGGUCUUUGAUGCACCGAUGAUAGGAUUUUGUUCUUUUGGAGCCUCAAAAUGGUCAACGGAUCUUAAUGGAUCGCCUUCACCAUUAUCCUACGUGCCACACACACAGUUCACCUUCACCGAUCGCAUGACAUUUCUUCAGCGCAUGGCGAACACAAUGUUGUCGAUUUUUGAAAAGGUGUACUUGGAUAUAAACUACAAUUAUAGACAGGAAGCUCUCUACAACAAGCACUUCACGGAUCCGAAGCCCGAUUUCGAUUAUUUGAAAAGGACUUCGUUAUCCAUGGUCCUGCUUAAUGCGCACUUUUCGAUGAACUAUCCUCGACCUUACUUACCUAACAUGGUAGAAAUUGGUGGCUUUCAUAUCAAGAACAAGCCUAAACCGUUGCCAAAAGAUCUUCAAGAGUUCCUGGAUACUUCUCCGAAUGGAGUGAUUUACUUCUCAAUGGGAUCCAAUCUUAAGAGUGCUGAUCUGCCAACUGAAGCCAGAGACGCUCUACUGAGAGUAUUUGGAAGACUUAAUGUGAGAGUGAUGUGGAAAUGGGAAGAUGACACUCUUCCUGGAAAACCAGAAAACGUCCUGAUUCGCAAGUGGUUUCCUCAAGAUGAUAUCCUGGCCCAUCCAAAGGUUAGAUUCUUCAUCACUCAUGGAGGACUUCUUAGCACAACAGAAGCUACUUAUCAUGGGGUUCCAGUACUCGGAAUCCCUGUGUUCGGAGAUCAAAUGAUGAACAUGGGUAAAACUCAAGCCGCAGGCUAUGGAGUAACUGUGGGUUUUACAAAUCUCACAGAAGAAUCAAUUUCUUGGGCCAUCAAUGAGUUACUCUCCAACGAUAAAUAUUCUAUUCGAGCCAAAACUAUUUCCGCACGAUUCCGAGAUCAACCUGAGGAUCCCUUGAGCAGAGCUGUUUACUGGAUUGAGUACGUUGCUCGACACGGAGGAGCCAAACAUUUGAUCUCCGGAGGACAGGAGCUGAGUUUCAUCCAAUACCACAACUUGGACGUAUUCGCUGUUCUUCUUGCUGUGCCCAUUUUGUUUCUUAUGCUAAUUUGUCGUUUAUUGAAAAGACUGUUUAAGAAAAAAUCAAGUAAUGUGGGGAUAGAUAAAAAAUACAAGUAAAGAAAAUUAUUACUUAUAAAUCAAAAAUAAAGCGUGUGGCUCUGAAUAUUGUAACACAACUGUAUUAUAAUGUGAUUCUUGAGUCCAAAAUACAUUCAUAGUGAA